CAGACAAACAGAAGGUGAUGGCAUCCAUCCAUGCCUGUGUCAUCGAGUGUCAUCCAUGUCACACACACAAAUAUAAUGGGCAGCAAGCUGCCACCAUUGGCAGUGAAUUGAGUCCAUUCACGCUUGUAAGUGAGAAGCCAAGGGCAUAAGAUGGGUCAAUUCAGCUGAGAAGUAGCCACAGGCAGGCAGGCAGGGCACAGGAAAUACACUUAUUGACCGCGUCGGGCACAUCCCGCCCCCAUCGUGAUGUCCAACCAGUCAGCCAUCCACAGAAACGAAUGCACACAGCCAGCGUCUACACAGAUGGCAUCCGCGCCAGCGUCAGAUCUAUACGUGCAUCAGACCACUCGUGCUCGUCGUCAACCGCCUGGCUGUCAUGCAUCGUCAGCCCAUAGUGGUUUCUCUCUGUCUGGUCAAUCCAUCGCCCAACUACUGAGCGAAACGAAGCCUCUCUGCGCUCACAUGAGAUGCUGCCAGCGUGGAUGUUUGCUCGAGCACCUCAUUCCUCACUCACCGCCGCUGGCCACAAUGGCCUCCCAACAUACACCCUGACACCUGCACACACACACACACAUGGGCAUGAGAGUUUGGCUCGUCUGCCCUCCCAUCCCUCCUCACGCUUCCCUAUGCACUGUGAGCGCGAGGCCGACGAAUUGCCAUCAACAGCGGGCGCCUCAGCUGACGCGGACCGUCAAGAUCGCUCACCCAGACAAAAUCGUAUGCCUUCCAAUCAGCCAGCUGCUCCCUCCAAUUUGACUGACACAAACACACAACACAGAGACACCCCACUGCGGCUGCCUGUCUGUCUGUCUGUCUUUCUUUCUUUCUUUCCCUCCCUCACCAGUGUGUCAUUUUUUGGUGGUCUGACUUCCCCGACGAGGUAACCAAGGAAAGCCUCCUCGUCCUGCAGCAGACGGCAGAGAGCGCUGUAGCGAUCAAUCAGUCAGUCAACCACACACGCCAAUCAGACAGAAACCAUUGAGAUGUGUCGGGAUUGCCCUCUCCUUUCCCCUUCUCAUGACUGACCAUUCUGUGCUCUGUGCCCCAGCAGUAUCCCGCGGGCCGUCUCCCACUCCCUUCUCAGGUUCGGCAACCUCGACAGCUCUGGGUCACAGCCGCUUGGGCAGCGGCGGCUCCGAUGACCCACACACCGUUGUCCAUCUCUCCACGCAGCGCCCCCACCGGCAUUUUGCGAAGUCGUCUUGCAGGAUGCGCUCAACGUGCAGCUUCUGUCCCACGACGGGCAGCACCACCGACGCCUCCACGUCUGCCAAGGGCGUCUGACAGGGGAUCAGAUCCGCGAAGCGGCGGUCGGCGCGGCUGGGCCGGGGACGCAGCACUCAGAUCAUCGCCACUCCUCCCACACCUGAGCAGGAUACACACGAAGGAAUGCACUGCACACGGACCAGCCACAAAGUGCGUUCUCACCGCGGUGUGGUCAGCCGAGAUGAGAAGCCACGUCUGCAGCCUGGCCACAGCGGGUGGUGUCACGGAAUCCAUAUAGAUCUUCCACUGUGCAAGGGGUGACAAAUGAGCGCCACCUUGUUCGCAUGACAGUCUUCAGCAUGCGAAGAGAACUGCCGUCUGUUUCUCGAGAUCUUGUUGACGCGGGGGGAGGGACUCCGAGGGAGUGUCCUUCCC